GUGGUGUCUCGUGCCUGUCUGUGCGGCGGAGCAGCGCGAGCCACUCAGCCGUUUAAACCUCAUUGAGUUUCAGAAAAUAAAAUGGAAACACUUUCACACAAAACGGGUUUAAAGUAAAGUCAGAGAAGCCUUUGAGUUUCAUAGUUUUUCCAACUUUUCCCCGCGGAGUUUUCCCUGCGUUUCCCCCGGUGAGGAGUGUGAAGGGUCGGGUUUAAACUCGCUGACACUCGGUCAGAUUCACGGUUCUGGUUCUGGGUUGCACCGGAGGAAGCACCACCGCCUGCCCCGUCCCGGUGACGGUGUUUGUGGUCUACCUGAGCCCGCAGACCGGGAGUAAAAUGCCCCUGGUGAUCCUCCUCUUCUGUCUGCACCUCCACACAUGCCGGACCCUCCCCACCCUGCCGCCCGGCCUGCUCUCCUCCUCCGAACCGCUGCUGCUGGAGGAGGAGUGGUUCUGCGGGCCGUGUGAGCAAGACCUGUGCCCGAACACAAGGGGUUGCAGGGCCGGCCUAGUUCCAGACUCCUGCAACUGCUGCCAGGAGUGUGGGAACCUGGAAGGGCAGGCCUGUGACCUCCCGGGGGGCCGGAGCGUGAGGUACGGGCUGUGCGGGGCCGGGCUCCGGUGUGCGGCGGACCCUGCAGGAGGAGCAGAUGAAGAUGAGGAGGAAGAGGAGGUCUGUGUGUGUGAGGAGCAGGAGGCAGUAUGUGGAUCUGAUGGAGUCACCUACAUCAACAUGUGUCAGUUCAGAGAGGCAGCCUUCAGCAGACCGGAGCUGCAGAGCAGAGAGGGGGGGCCCUGCAGGACAGUCCCCAUCAUCAAGGUCCCCCCCCAAAGCCAGGUGAACGGGACAGGAAGUAGCCUGGCGUUCCUCUGCGAGGUCUUUGCAUUCCCGAUGGCUCUGGUGGAGUGGAGGAAGGAGGGCCGGGACGUUGUCCUGCCCGGAGACGACCCCCACAUCUCAGUACAGUCUAGGGGUGGGCCGCUGAAAUUUGAGCUCUCCAGUUGGCUGCAGAUUGAGGGGGCGGGGCCAGAGGACUCGGGGACCUAUCGCUGCGUCGCUCGCAAUGACAUGGGGUCGGUGUCGGCGUCCGCUGUACUGGGAGUACUGGGAGCAGAGGAGCUGUCGUCCCACCUUUCCGACAGCGUGUCGGAGAUGGAGCGCCUCAUGGACGCCACCCACUACGACCAGGACUUUUACUGACGUGUGAUGUCACUUCCUGUCACCUGACGCCGUCUGGCUUCCCUUCAGCGGGGACAGAACACACCCUGAGGGACUGGAAUAUAAAGUUUUGUUAUGUUUUUAUUAUAAUCAUCCAUAUUAGUGUGACGAGGCUCAGCAUGUUGAGCGUGUUGUUGACGUCGCCGGUUCGAGCCCGAGUCUCCUGCUGCUGUGAAACUACUUUAUCUUUUUAAUAAAUGUUAAAACC